UCUCGAAGAGAGAGGUUUCCACGGCUCGCGUCAAUUUCUAGCGCGGAUAAAAGACAUUGUCACACUCACCUUUGCAUAAAAUGCAUCGAAUAGACGGUAUACGGCGCUCCUACUACAUACAUUCAAUAAAAGUUUGUCACUUAUAAAAGUGUUGUGAAUGUGUUUGCUAGUCAAACGAAGCUCAUCUUUCUAUACAUAAUUACUUAGUAGUUAAUUUAUGAACGGUGGGUACGUAAUAUUUAAACUAUUUAUAAAGCUAGGCGUGCAUCGUUAAAAAUAUACAUUCUAAAUAUACGUCAGCUCUCUCAUGCGUUGAUUCUCACAACAUCCGACUCAGAAAAUCGGGAGUGAACCGCAUUGUUUAACCGUUCGAAUGCGAAAAACCAUGGGAAAGCGCGUAGUGUCGAAUAAAAAAUAUUAUGAAAGUGUCACAAAAUAACGCGAAUCAGACCUUGCCGCCUUACCAUACUGGGACCGCAUUGCGUGGGUGACAUAAUUCAUCGCGCCAUUGAAUAAAUUCUAAUACAAAGAACAGUUCAUUAGUUAAUCAAGUUAAAAUAAGUGCCAGUGUAAAUCGCAUCAUGUCACACGAGGCGCAGUUAAGGAGAAGCCAAAGAGCGGACUUUUCACAAGGCGCUACGGCCUUAAUGUCAAGAGAAAGAAGCUUCGUCAGGCCGAAUAAAGACUUCUCGAAACGACGCUCCCAAACAAUGAUGGCUAUGAAAGGUAAACCCACGAUGGAGAUAUACAGACCGCCCAAUGUCAGAACGGAUAUUCCAAUGAGCGGAAAACUCAACGUUCAUGCCAAAGAAUUCACCAUGAACCACGAACUACAAUCGUCCAAGUCUAGCGGUAAUCUAAAUUUAGCAAUGUAUGAACCAAUAGGUCUACAACAUUCUAAAUCCAGCGGAAGCAUCCUUAGACACAUCAACCACCCAGGACUCUUCCCCAUAAUUCCUGGCGUGCCCUUACCUCUGCUCCAUUCGGCUUCUACCACACAAUUACUCACUCAAAUGCAUCGACCUAUCCAGUACCACCCAGAAUUACUAGCCCACCCAGUAUUCUCUGGAGUAAAUCAAACUAUUUACCAUCAAAACUGGAACAAUAACAUACAAUCCAGGCAAUCAAGUCCGAAACCAAACCAUCUGAAGAGAUCCAAGAGUUUAGGAGCUGCCGAUUCUAGAGCCUUAGCUAGCAAACUCAAAGACAUACCAAAAGAAGAAAUCGACCUAACUAUAUUCUCCCAAGUGGACCAAAGCAAUCUAAAAGUAGCACUAGAUGACCCCACUCAAGUGCCCACGAGGACUCUAAUGGAUCUAGUCAAAACGAUCAUGGAAAAAGUGGUAGAAGGGAUGAAAUAUAGCGAGCCUAUUGCUAAGUUCUGUCUAUUAAUAAUAGAAAACGAAAAGAACCAAACCUUCCUGGAAUCGCUUCUGAAUAUGUGCCAACAGUGGUACCAAGAAAGAGAUAAGAUCCUCAGAGGGAUUAAAGCGGGUGACGGUACGAGAUUUACGGCAUUCAUGUGGUUCUUAACAGAAAUGUGCAGCCAGUUGAAAAGACAUCACCUCAAAGACCAAUUUGAAGCCUUACAGCCUGAGCUAGUUCUGCUGUCCAUUCUAGCAAAGUGUUGUCAAGCCUGCGUGGAACUUCCGAUCAAGUGCCUAUCGGAAACUGAGUGCCUAUUUUUCGUUUUGACGUCGAUCGGCCGAGAUCUAGAGACUGAGCUGCCGCAGCAGUUGGAUCAACUCCUCGCUAGCGUCAGGGAUGGUUUCUUGGCCAGCGCUGGGUCUUCGGGAGCGCGUCGUACUUUGUUGCAACUGAUCGAGCUACAUGCUUCGAAUUGGCAGCUACCGGGUUCAUCUGUUUUGUAUUAUUAUCCGAGAAUUAAGUGAAUGCCGAUAUUUCGUACUUAAAUUAAUUAAUUUUUUUCUGAUAAACUGUUUUUUACGUGAUAAUAUAAUAUUUAAUGAAAAUAAUGUUUUUUGUAUAGGUAUUUGUUUAGUUGCUAAGAAUACUAUGAAGUAGUUUUAAAAAAUAAAAUAAUUACUAUUCCGUGAUAUUAUGAAAUGUGAUAAAUUCCUGGAAAAAUAUUUAAGGUGGGUUAAAGUGGCUUUAUAUUGUUUAAAAAAUAUCAGUUACAUCUUUGAUAUAGUUUUUUGGUGGUUACGUCUUUGAAAAAUACUCAUUUAUUGUUGUUCAAAGUUAUGUCAAUUUUAUAUAAUUUGUUAUGAUUCACUUUCGGCUAGAUUGUAAUUCACAUUUAAAUUAAACUCUAAUAUUUCAUAUUUUCUAUAAUUGUUUUUACAGCUGAUAAUUUGGAUUAUCUUUUUUAAUUUAGUAGGUUAUUUUAGUUUUAAUAAUAUUAUGAAAUAGUAAAAAACAUUAAAUCACAUCAUGACAGGAAGGAAG